AUGGAAGCUCUUGAUGAACUUCAAAAACUCGAAUACCUUUCUUUAGUUUCAAAAAUUACAAGCGAACUGCUUAAUCACACCGGGAUAAAUGAUAAAACUUUAGCCGAAUUUGUGAUUAAUUUACACGAACAGCAUCGAACAUUACCAGAGUUUAAAAAGGCUUUGACUGAUGCCGGAGCAGAGUUUCCAGAAUCUUUUAUUAAUACUUUGGAUCGGCUGAUCCAAAAAAUGAAUCCCAAAUAUAAGACAAAAGGGAAAAUAAAAGAAGUAAGCAGUGAUGAAGAAGACAAUAAUCUUGGCUAUGAUCCCGAUGAAAAAGCAAAAAUAUUUCCAGGAUUAGCCAUGCCAGAUGAUCCAGAUUGGCAUGAAAAAAAUGAAAAAGACACUAAGAUAGCAAUUGAUACUAUGGUGCAAUUGGAAGACUUAGAAAUAGGAGUAAUUCACGAUCCUCUAAGCGGAGACGAUCCAGAUCAAAUAGUCCACCUUAUCGUAGGAGGCGUAGUAGAAGCCAUAGAAGAACUGGAUGAAAAGCCAGUGCUUUAUAAGAUAUAUAAUGGCAGGAUAACUAAUUUAAGAGAUUUUGGCGCAUUUGUUAGUUUGGAAGGUGUCAAAGGUCGGGUAGAAGGUAUGGUACAUGUAAGUAUGCUGUUAGCUGGAUCUAGAAUUUCACAUCCGUCGGAGGUAGUCAACCGUAAUCAAACUGUUAAAGUGAAAGUUAUGUCUGUAGCUGCAUCGCGAAUAAGUUUAUCUAUGAAGGACGUAGAUCAAAAUACCGGUGAAGAUUUGUCACCUCAUUUGCGUAUAAAGACUGAAGAGGAGCUUGAAGCUGAAGCCUUACAUAAUCCAGAACGUCCAUACUCCUUUGGAAAAGUACCAGUUAUUGAAGACAAUGAUGGUCCCAAUAAUCUUAAACGUCCAACUUCACCAGAACGUUGGGAACUUAAACAACUUGUUGCUUCUGGUGUGCUACGUGCUUCAGAAAUGCCUGAUUAUGAUGAGGAACAAGGAUUUAUCGAAAACAUGGAAACAGAAGAAGAAUUGGAUAUUGAAAUUAUGGAAGACGAACCACCGUUUUUGAGAGGACAAACCAAACACACAGUUCAGCUAAGUCCUAUUAAGGUUGUUAAAGCACCUGAUGGUACAUUGAACCGUGCUGCUCUAGCAGGGGCUUCUUUAGCCAAAGAACGUCGAGAGUUAAGGCAACAACAAGCGAAUGCCGAAUUAGAUUCAGUUCCAAAGGAUAUUAAUAUUCCUUGGCUAGAUCCUUUACCAGAACCUGGAGAACGUCAUUUUGCACAAGACUUAAGGGGAAUUGCAGCAGGUCGUAAAGCUGGUGAAGUCCCCGAAUGGAAAAAAGAAACCUUUAAUAAAGCGACCAGUUUCGGUAAGGUUACUUCAUUGUCUAUUCAAGAACAAAGACAAAGUUUACCGAUUUAUCAAAUGCGGAAUAUGUUAAUUAAGGCCAUAUCAGAACAUCAACAACUUAUUAUUGUUGGCGAUACCGGGUCUGGCAAGACUACGCAAAUGACACAAUAUCUCGCUGAAGAAGGAUUUGCAAAUCAUGGAAAAAUUGGGUGCACACAACCUCGUCGUGUUGCUGCUAUGUCAGUUGCAAAACGCGUAGCCGAAGAAGUGGGUUGUCGUUUAGGAGAAGAAGUUGGAUAUACUAUUCGUUUUGAAGAUUGUACUAGCCUUAGUACUAAAAUUAAAUACAUGACGGACGGUAUGUUGUUGAGAGAAUGUUUAUUAGACCCCGAUUUAAGACAAUAUUCAGUAAUUAUUCUUGAUGAGGCGCACGAAAGAACGAUAUACACCGAUGUGCUGUUCGGACUACUUAAAAAAACUCUCAAGAGACGUCCGGAGCUUAGAGUAAUUGUUACCUCUGCAACAUUGAAUGCAGAAAAAUUUUCAAAGUAUUUCUUUGAUUGUCCUAUCUUUAGUAUUCCAGGUCGUAAAUUUCCUGUCGAGGUUCUUUAUACCAAAGAACCUGAAUCUGACUAUUUGGAUGCUGCGUUGAUUACCGUUAUGCAAAUCCACCUUUCUGAACCACCGGGUGAUGUCUUGCUUUUCUUAACUGGUCAGGAGGAAAUCGAUACAGCAUGUGAAAUUCUAUAUGAGCGUAUGAAAGCUCUUGGGCCACAAGUACCCGAUUUAGUUAUCUUGCCAGUUUAUUCUGCAUUGCCUAGUGAAAUGCAAUCACGUAUUUUUGAACCAGCUCCUCCAGGUAGUCGAAAAGUGGUUAUUGCAACAAAUAUAGCAGAAACCUCGAUCACGAUAGAUGGUAUAUAUUAUGUUGUGGAUCCUGGAUUCGUAAAGCAGAAUGCUUAUGAUGCCAAAGUGGGAAUGGAUUCUUUGAUUGUCACACCUAUUUCUCAAGCGCAGGCACGUCAACGUUCGGGUCGUGCUGGUCGUACAGGACCUGGAAAAUGUUAUAGACUUUAUACUGAAGCAGCUUAUCGUAAUGAAAUGCUUCCAAAUCCUGUACCUGAAAUUCAGCGUACAAAUCUUGCAAAUACUGUAUUGACUCUUAAAGCCAUGGGAAUAAAUGAUCUUUUGCAUUUUGACUUUAUGGAUCCUCCACCUGUUCAAACUCUUCUUACAGCAUUAGAACAAUUGUAUGCACUAUCAGCUUUGGAUGAUGAGGGCCUUUUAACAAGAUUAGGACGUAAAAUGGCUGAAUUUCCUUUAGACCCCCCAUUAGCGAAGAUGUUGAUACAUUCAGUUGAUCUUGGUUGUUCUGAAGAAAUUCUUACCAUAGUAGCAAUGCUUUCUGUCCAAAAUGUUUUUUAUCGUCCAAAAGAGAAACAAGCAGCUGCUGAUCAAAAGAAAGCAAAAUUUCAUCAACCUGAGGGAGAUCAUUUAACUCUUCUGACAGUAUAUAAUGCUUGGAAAGCUAGUAAAUUUUCCAAUGCAUGGUGUUUCGAAAAUUUUAUUCAAGGAAGAAGUAUGAAAAGAUGUCAAGAUAUUCGCAAACAAUUGUUGGGUAUUAUGGACCGUUAUAAACAAGAUAUUAUUUCAUGUGGUAGAAAUUAUGACAAAGUUCGUAGAGCUAUUUGUGGAGGUUUCUUCCGUCAUGCAGCCAAGAAAGAUCCUCAAGAAGGUUAUAAAACAUUAGUAGAAGGUACUCCAGUAUAUAUUCAUCCAUCAAGUGCUUUGUUCAAUAAAGGUCCUGAAUGGGUUAUAUAUCACGAACUUGUGCUAACUACAAAAGAAUAUAUGAGAGAAGUUACAGCAAUUGAACCAAAAUGGCUCACCGAAGCUGCGCCUACAUUCUUUAAGGUUGCUGAUGCUAAUACGAUCAGUAAGCGCAAGAGAGGCGAAAAGAUUCAGCCUUUAUACAAUAAAUACGAAAAACCAAACGAAUGGCGCCUAAGUCGUGUCAAGAGACAUCAAAGAGUUUCACAAACUUUCGGCAUCCUAAUUUGGAAAUCCGUCGUCGGAAAAAUGGUACUAAAUGAGAAACUUGGUACUAUUUAA